CCUGGACAGAGCCUUUAGCCAUGGUUUAUUGGCCAUAUACCACAAAACCCUGAGGUGCCUUACUGGUUACAAAUGUAAUUCGAGCAAUAAAUGUAUAUUUGUCAUAUCAGUCCAUAUACCAUGGGUAUCAGCCAAUCCGCAGGGCUCAAACCAUUUAUAGGCUACCUUAGACAUUUAGACUCAUGCAUGUGAUUUUUAAGGCACAAUGUGCAAUUUUAAACAAAUUUGUUUUGUCUUAGCCUUCAGGAGUAGGUGGUUAAGGUCAUUGUAUUUGUAUACUUUUCCAGUCAUCUGUUCAAGCAAGUGAAUUCUUGCCCACAUCAUAAAUAAAAAGUUACGGUUGCUUUUAGCUGUCUACCCCACAAGACCUCCCCUCCUUAAAUGCUAGUUUGGUUGCCUCAAUAGGAUGCACUUCAUGGAAUAGAACAUGACUGGUCCAGGAAUAUGCUUUGCUUUCAAAUGAGACAAGGAAAGAAACUGAGAGUAAUAGACAAGGAACCUCUCACGUAACACUUCAAGUCUCUUUCUUUUCAAGUAAGCAUAGGAUACAAAACGUGCAUUCAAAUUAACACCGUCAUUUGGCCUAAUCAUAGGUCUGGACUUUGAGCACGUUUUAUGAAAGUGUAGAAAGUUUUUGUAAGCUAGUUCAACCAACUAAAAAAAACAUUUAUUUGUCAUUUUUUGCUAUACCAUGUGUGAGGUUUGUAGAAUAAAGAAACGAGUAUAGAAAAAAUAAAUACCGGUUAAGCAAUAUUUUGACUAAUUAUAAAGCCAACCAGGCAGGGCCAAUUCAGGUCGCCUGUCUCCAGGCUUGCAGACUACUGUGUUGCGAUGCACCUGUUUUGUUGGGGUAUGCUGAUCGACGCAGAGGUGCCGCCCCCAUGCACUUGUCCUUUCAUUCUCAUUGGUCCGACAGGGUGUGUAUGCUAAUUCUCAGCGACUGCUGCACCUGACUCUCCACUCCACGGAAGAAUGCAAGGCAAAAGACAGCCUCCAAGUAACAGCUAUUUAUUCAACAGGUCAUCCUACUCAACGAGCACUCACUUGUAACAUUAUUGCGGCGCUGCAGACUCUUAACAGAGCUAUAUGAUAAAAAUGCCACGGUCUUUUCUGGUGAAGAAACAUCUCACUAAUAAGAAGCCAAACUAUGGAAUUCUGGAUUCAAAAUCAGACGGUACAGAUAAGUUUUUUUUAAAUCGACUGAAAUUAUACGUUUCUAUCGUUGUGUUAUAUAUAGAACUUCUCAUCUAGUUCUAUAAAAUAAAAUACCAUGUGAAUACCUUUGCUAUUUUGUCUGUUGGCUAUUUCUUGCAUUUCAGAGAAAAAUAUGAAUUUAUCGUUAUCUUUAUUCCAUUCAUAGCUCAUUUUAAAAAGAAAUUGUAUUUUUGCUUUGAGUAGUUGAACACACUAGGCCUAUAACUCAAUAUGAUUUCAGCAUAGUCUAAAAUUAUGUUCGUUAUAGGAAAGUAAAUAAUGAUGGAUUGAACUGAUACCUUGGAAUAGAAUACAACAAAUGCGGUUUUGGAGUUUAGCAGGUGCAAAAUCUGUCACACAAAAGAAGAGAUUAAUAGUCCCUCCUCCUGGGAUCUGAAGGGUCCUAUUAAGCGUGUUCAAGAGGCUAAUGUAGUGCCCUUCGAGGCUCCUUUUACCCACCGAAAUGUGCCUUCGGUCUGUGUUUUUGUUCCAAUUCACCCCUUAAAGCGAGCUAGCCUCCCACCCUCCUGUAUUGAACUGUCAAGAUUACCAUUAUAGAAGUGGAAAAGAAAAUGUAUGUGACUGAAAUCAGAUUCGUUUUUUGGAAGGAAAAUAAAAUAGUGCCAGUUGGCUAUGCUAUGGGAAUGCAUUGGAACUUUGGAAGUUAUGCAAAUCGAAAUGCACAAUACAGUCCCUCAGUACUUUGAGACUGCUCCUAAUAUUGUAAAUUAAUGUCAAAUGUUUAACUAUACGUAUUUCUAAAUGAUACCUAAUUAUUCUCAUAGAGUAUGAUUAAAACAUUUGAGUAUCCUUGUAAAAAAAGUUUUAACAUAAAAUGGUGUUUGUGUCAUUACAGCUCUCCACACCAGCCUGGUCUAUCUUGAGGUCCCCUUUUACAUCCCCAGCACUCCUCAGCCCCUGGAGGAUUGGCUGCCAGGGCCAAGUCUCAUCCCCACACCAGCCUCCAUGCACUCUCCCAAGGUAGACAGGCUGCCUUCAAGGGACACUAUCUUGUCCCUGCAUAGCUCAACACAGAAAAUCACCUACCCCCUGUCAGUGUCUCACAACAAUCCGCUAAGAGACUCACAGUCCGGAUUUAAGUCCCUGGGAACCAUGGAACCCCAGACCUUCCUGCUCUCACAGGACUUCAGACACCCGGAGGAGAGGGGCAGCAUGCCUAAUCCCCUCCUGGGCCUUGUUCACUCUAGUGUUAGUCAGGAGCGCUUUGACUGCCACAAAGCCUACUUCACCUUCUCUGGGCUGGCCAAGCACAGGCAGUUGCACUGUGAGUGGCAGCGUCACAAGUACUUCUGCUGCAGGUACUGUGACAAGGAGUAUGUGAGUCUGGGAGCUCUGAAGAUGCACAUCCGAACACACACACUGCCCUGCGUCUGCAAGCUCUGUGGGAAGGCCUUCUCCAGGCCUUGGCUGCUCCAGGGACACAUCCGAACACACACACUGCCCUGCGUCUGCAAGCUCUGUGGGAAGGCCUUCUCCAGGCCUUGGCUGCUCCAGGGACACAUCCGAACACACACACUGCCCUGCGUCUGCAAGCUCUGUGGGAAGGCCUUCUCCAGGCCUUGGCUGCUCCAGGGACACAUCCGAACACACACACUGCCCUGCGUCUGCAAGCUCUGUGGGAAGGCCUUCUCCAGGCCUUGGCUGCUCCAGGGACACAUCCGAACACACACACUGCCCUGCGUCUGCAAGCUCUGUGGGAAGGCCUUCUCCAGGCCUUGGCUGCUCCAGGGACACAUCCGAACACACACUGCCCUGCGUCUGCAAGCUCUGUGGGAAGGCCUUCUCCAGGCCUUGGCUGCUCCAGGGACACAUCCGAACACACACACUGCCCUGCGUCUGCAAGCUCUGUGGGAAGGCCUUCUCCAGGCCUUGGCUGCUCCAGGGACACAUCCGAACACACACACUGCCCUGCGUCUGCAAGCUCUGUGGGAAGGCCUUCUCCAGGCCUUGGCUGCUCCAGGGACACAUCCGAACACACACACUGCCCUGCGUCUGCAAGCUCUGUGGGAAGGCCUUCUCCAGGCCUUGGCUGCUCCAGGGACACAUCCGAACACACACACUGCCCUGCGUCUGCAAGCUCUGUGGGAAGGCCUUCUCCAGGCCUUGGCUGCUCCAGGGACACAUCCGAACACACACACUGCCCUGCGUCUGCAAGCUCUGUGGGAAGGCCUUCUCCAGGCCUUGGCUGCUCCAGGGACACAUCCGAACACACACACUGCCCUGCGUCUGCAAGCUCUGUGGGAAGGCCUUCUCCAGGCCUUGGCUGCUCCAGGGACACAUCCGAACACACACACUGCCCUGCGUCUGCAAGCUCUGUGGGAAGGCCUUCUCCAGGCCUUGGCUGCUCCAGGGACACAUCCGAAC